CUCUUCGGUGCCUCAGCCGUCACGAAAGAAUACGUCCUCGGCGUAACUGAUUACUCCCGCGUAACAUGGACGCAAAACUUCAUUGCUUCUAUUGCUGGUGCCGUAGCCAGCAUAACGAUCGCUGCCCCCCUGGACACCGUCAAAACUCGCAUUCAAAAUGCUAACUUUGAGCGCAAAGUCAGCGGCAUACAGGUCGUCAAGGAGCUCGUGAAAAAUGAGGGUCCUACGGCCUUUUUCAAGGGUUUGACUCCUAAGGUUGGUUCUCCUCUCCUUCCCUAUCGACGAAGGCUGACACACAUGCACGCACUAUUCGUAGGUCCUAGUGCACUUAUCUUUAUACAAUCCCCCUACUCUGCCUCAUGGUUGUUCUUUUAG